AUGAAUACCAGGAACGGUCCUACAUCGCCAGCCGAGGUCUCUGACAAUGCGCGAAAGUUCACCUUCAACCGUGAUCUUCGUUUUUGGUUGGUCUUCGUUGCGCUGUCUGUGACUUCCUUACUGGCUGCUCUCGAAGGAACUGUCACGUCCACUGCUCUUCCUACCAUUGUGGCCGACCUGCACGUUGGUCGAAAUGGGCUGGAAUCCUUAGAAUACACGGAACAGUCUGUGCCUGAACUUAGCGACAGCCAGGUUCUAGUUAAGCGAAAAUACCCCUUCGACCUUAAACCAGGCGUAGUACCCGGAUCAGAUGGGGCUGGCACAGUCCUCGCAGUCGGCAAACACGUUACUCGAUUCCAACCCGGCGACAAAGUUGUCACUAUAAUCAACCAGCAACAUAUUGCUGGAUCAAUGAAUGCCAGGUCCCUGAAAUCCGGUCUUGGCGGCUCCCUCGACGGCACUCUACGCUCCGUCGGCGCGUUCGAUGAAGAUGGACUAGUCGCUAUGCCUGAGGGAUUAAGCUUCACGGAGGCCGCGACGCUUAGUUGCGCGGGAUUAACAGCAUGGAAUGCGCUCUUCGGGCUGGAGGGAAAACGCCCCAUGCCGGGGCAGUGGGUCCUUACUCAGGGAACUGGUGGCGUGAGUCUCUUUGCGAUUCGAUUUGCGAAAGCGGUUGGCGCGAGGGUUAUUGCUACUACAAGCACAGCGGAGAAAGUCAAGUUUCUUGAGACGCUGGGCGUGGAUCGAGUGAUCAAUUAUCGUGAGGUUCCUGAAUGGGGUUCGUUGGCCAAGGAGUUGACUGGGGGAAUUGGAGUUGAUCUCGUCGUGGAGGUUGCGGGUGGAGCGACAAUGAAGGAGAGCGUUGCUAGUCUCAAGCUCGAUGGACUGAUCAGCGUCGUUGGUGCUGUUGGAGGGCAGGGUAAGGAGAUACCGAGCUUGCUGGACUGUUGGCUCAACCUUUUUACUGCUCGCGGCGUCUGGGUUGGUAAUCGGCUUCAGAUGGAGGAGAUGUGUCGUGCUAUAGAAGCGUCGCCGGACAAACUUCGCCCUGUCGUUGAUCCCAAGCUUUUCACGCUGGAAACGGUUAAAGAGGCAUGUGGAUAUUUGGAAUCGGGAAAACAUCGCGGCAAGAACCGUGCCUCCAAGACAGGAAAUUACAAAAUCCUCCAGAUCUUGGGUUUUGCCCUUCUCACCAUUGGCUUCGGUACAUUCACAGUGCUAGGUCCCCACUCCUCCACAGCAGCCUGGACGUUGACGCAGAUGGUCGCUGCGUUCGGUGCGGGAGUGAUCAUGCCCGUCCUCCUCCCCGGGCUCGAGGAGAAAGACACGGCCACUUCCACGGCACUCUGGGCCUUUGUCCGUAGUUUCGGCAUUAUAUGGGGUCUUGCCGUGCCGGCAGCCAUCUUCAAUAACCAAUUCGACAAGUUUUCCUCGUCAAUCAGCGACAGCUCGGUGCGCAACAUGCUUACCGGGGGUAAUGCGUACUCUUACGCUUCGAGUGCGACCAUCAAUGCUCUCCCAGCCCCGGUGCGAGCCGAGGCUAUCGACGUUUAUGUCCGUAGCCUGCGGGUGGUACGGCAGGUGCCCAUUGGUUUUUCGGGGCUGUCAUUUCCGCUCUGCUUCUUGCAGAAGAGCAUUAAAUUGCGGUCGGAUUCGGAGACGGAUUACGGGCUGAAAGAAAAGGAAGCGAACCAAGGUUCGGAUAGAACUUUGGCAUCUGCCUAG